CGCCGCCAUUUUCCCCGCCCCUCUCUGUGGCAGCUGACGGUUUCUCGAGUCUCAGGAGCCGCUUGGCCUCGCGAUUCCAAAGGAAAACGCUCGAAAACCCUUUUCUUGAAGGAGGGAUGACAUGUAAUGGACCAGAUAACUGUGAAGCUCGUCCCUCUCCAGAGGAUGAUCCUGAGCAAGAUCUUGCUAAAGUAUGCUCCAGACUACAAACAUUCACGAAUUUUCCAAGUCACUGUCCUGUCUCCUCCUCAACUCUAGCCCAAGCUGGUUUCUUCUACACUGGAGAGGAAGACAAAGUAAAGUGUUUUAGUUGUCAUGCAACCAUUGAAGGAUGGCAAAAUGGGGACUCAGCAGUUGGAAGACAUAGAACUGUUUCUCCAAACUGCAAGUUUAUUAAUGCCAUUAAGAUUCUGAAGAAUGAUACGCAUUCUGUUUUCCCAAACUGUUCACACAGAACUGAAAUCAGCCUUGCAGCUGACUCUGCCCAGCCCCCUCUUGAUCCAUCCUCUGAUCUGUAUGCAGAUUAUCUUUUGAGAAGUGGGCAAGUGGUAGAUCUCUCUGGUUCUCAGUACCCCAGAAAUCCUGCCAUGUGUAGUGAAGAAGCCAGGCUGAGAUCUUUUCACAACUGGCCUUCCCAUACUCUUAUCACUCCAAAAGAGCUGGCCCACGCUGGACUCUAUUACACUGGCACUGGUGAUGAAGUUGAAUGUUUCUGCUGUGGAGGAAAACUGCAAAACUGGGAACCUUCUGAUCGUGCUUGGUCAGAGCACAGACGCCACUUCCCUAGGUGUUUUUUUGUCCUCGGCCACGAUGUGGGAAAUGUUGGAAGUGUUCCAAAUCAAUCUGGUGAUACCAGCCUGGAUAGAAGUGGCAUACAUAAUGCUGACCUUCCCCAAAGUCCAUCUAUGGCAGAUUACGAGAACCGAAUCAAGACAUUUGCAACAUGGAGGUAUUUGGUUAGCAAGGAGCAACUUGCCCAAGCAGGCUUUUAUAGCCUAGGUAAUGGUGAUAUCGUUGCAUGCUUUCACUGUGGUGGUGGAUUACAGGAGUGGAAGACAGAUGAAGAUCCUUGGGAGCAGCAUGCAAAAUGGUUUCCUGGGUGCAAAUACCUGGUAGAAGAAAAGGGGCAAGACUUUGUGAAUAACAUUCAUUUAAAACCACAACAAGAUUCUACAAUAGAGGAAGCAGAGAAGUUUUCACAUUUUACAGAUGAUGAACUUUUACAGAACCAGCUGGUACAGAAUGCAGUGCACAUGGGUUUCAGCCUGGAUGAAAUUAGGAGCACUGUGGAAAGGAAAUGCCAUCUGUCCGCAGAGGGCUACAGAUCUAUUGAGACAUUGGUCACUGACUUAAUCAGUGCCCAAAGAGAGAAUAACUCUGGUGCAUCCUGGGAAAGCACCUUGCAAAAAGAUCUCAGUGCUGAAGAGAAAUUAAGAAGUUUGCAGGAAGAAAAGCUUUGCAAAAUCUGUAUGGAUAAAACUAUCUCAGUAGUCCUCAUUCCUUGUGGACAUCUUGUUGCUUGUAAGGACUGUGCUGAAGCAGUUGACAAAUGUCCUUUGUGUUGCACAGUUAUUACAAAAAGGCAGAAGGUAUAUAUGUAUUAAUAAAAGCAUCAUACUAUGCAACUGGAAAACUCCUAUCAUUACAAAAAUAGAUUGAUUGCAUAUGCAGUGUUAA